AAACCGGACAAGAGGGGAGUGAUCACCGAAGGGGUCAAACACUCGCUGAAUCCGUUCGACGAGAUCGCCGUCGAGGAGGCGGUGCGGCUGAAGGAGAAGAAGUUGGCCGCAGAGAUAGUGGCCGUAAGUGUGGGCCCGCAGUCGUGUCAGGAGACCCUCCGCACGGCGCUGGCGAUGGGCGCCGACCGGGCCAUCCAUGUGGACGUCGACGACAAGACCUACGAAACCCUACAACCGAUACACGUGUCGAAGAUUUUGGCCAAAAUAGCGACCGAAGAGAAGAUUGAUUUAGUGAUUGUCGGCAAACAGGCCAUCGAUGACGACGCCAACUGCACGGCGCAGAUGACGGCCGCCCUCUUGGGGUGGCCGCAGGCAACCAACGCCUCCAAAGUAGAGCCCGACGGGAAGGGCAGCGUUCAGGUGACCCGUGAGGUCGACGGCGGACUCGAGACGAUUAAAUGCAAGACACCGGCGGUGGUGAGCGCCGACUUGAGGCUCAAUGAGCCCCGGUAUGCGACGCUCCCCAACAUUAUGAAAGCAAAGAAGAAACAGAUCGAUAAGAAAAAGGCGUCCGAUUUGGGCGUCGAUGUCGGCGCUCGCAUUGAGAUCGUGUCGGUGGAGGAGCCGCCCAAACGAGAGGCCGGCGCUAAAGUGGAGUCAGUGGACGACCUCUUGGCUAAACUCAAGCAAUUGGGAAGAAUAUAAGCACUGAUUCUGCGGUUUAAACGCCAAUCCUAACUGUUUUUACACACAUUUUGUAUACAAUUUAUUGGAAUUUAUUUUCUGAUCGUUAUAUCAAUUAAUUGACUGUUUUUUGGGAC